GCAUCUUCCUCUUCUCGCAACGCAACUCCUCAUUUUUCUCUUUUUUCUGAAAGAAAAAACUAACAAAGAAUCAGUUACAGCACUUGCACACCAAACAAAGAGCACAUUUCUUCUGUUCGAAACAAGCUCUAUAGGCAUUCCUGUAGAAAAGUAAAGACUAUAAAACGAUGCCGGAAGAGACCAAUUCCAUAGACUACGUAAUGGAGAAGGCCUCAGGUCCUCACUUCUCCGGCCUCCGUCUCGACGGUCUUCUCUCUUCUCCUCCUUCCUCCACUGCUUCUCCCUCUCACUGCUCCGCCACCGCCAGCUCUUCAGCCUUGUCCGACUCCAACGCUCCCAAUCAACCUUUCGUCAUUGGAGUUUCUGGUGGUACGGCAUCGGGCAAGACUACAGUAUGUGAUAUGAUCAUUCAACAGCUUCAUGAUCAUCGUGUUGUUCUUGUUAAUCAGGAUUCAUUUUAUCGUGGUUUGACGCCUGAAGAAUCGAAGCGAGUGCAUGAGUAUAAUUUUGAUCAUCCUGAUGCUUUUGAUACCGAGCAACUUUUAGACUGUAUUCAAAAGCUGAGAGGUGGACAAUCUUAUCAAGUUCCUAUCUAUGAUUUUAAGAAUCAUCGCAGAAGUUCGGAGAGCUUCAGGCAGGUAAAUGCUUCUGAUGUGAUUAUCCUAGAGGGGAUUCUGGUUUUCCAUGACCAGCGCGUCCGCAACCUGAUGAACAUGAAAAUUUUUGUUGAUACAGGUUUGAGUCCUUACCUAGUUGUAUUGGAGAUUGUGUGGUGCGUGUUUGUGUAUGAUCAGAAAGUUCAUGCCCUACAUAAGCACAUUAAAGUGCUAACUGAUGCUGAUGUCAGGCUUGCUCGUAGAAUAAGGCGUGACACAGUUGAGAGGGGGAGGGACAUAAACUCUGUUCUUGAACAGUAUGCUAAAUUUGUGAAGCCUGCUUUUGAUGAUUUUGUGUUGCCAUCAAAGAAGUAUGCUGAUGUGAUCAUCCCACGGGGGGGCGACAAUCAUGUUGCCAUUGAUUUAAUUGUGCAACAUAUCCACACAAAGUUAGGUCAACAUGAUCUGUGCAAAAUAUAUCCAAAUGUGCAUGUUAUUCAGUCAACUUUUCAGAUAAGAGGUAUGCAUACACUGAUUCGAGACAAGGAGAUAUCGAAGCAUGAUUUUGUAUUUUAUUCAGACCGACUUAUCCGUCUGGUUGUGGAACAUGGUUUGGGCCAUCUGCCAUUCACCGAGAAGCAAGUAGUGACGCCAACAGGAUCUGUUUACACUGGGGUUGACUUUUGCAAGAAAUUAUGUGGGGUCUCUAUUGUCCGAAGUGGAGAAAGCAUGGAAAAUGCACUGCGAGCAUGUUGCAAAGGAAUAAAAAUCGGAAAAAUUCUCAUCCACCGUGAUGGAGACAAUGGAAAACAGCUUAUAUAUGAGAAGCUCCCCAAGGAUAUUUCAGAACGGCAUGUCCUGCUUCUAGAUCCUGUUCUUGCUACAGGUAACUCUGCAAACCAAGCGAUAGAACUUCUCAUACAGAAAGGAGUUCCAGAAUCCCACAUUAUAUUCCUAAACCUAAUCUCUGCUCCUGAGGGUAUCCAUUGUGUUUGCAAAAGAUUCCCAUCCUUGAAAAUCGUCACUUCGGAGAUUGAUGUUGCGUUGAAUGAGGAGUUUCGUGUCAUACCAGGCAUGGGUGAGUUUGGCGACCGGUACUUUGGCACUGAUGAUUAGUAACAGAGUGACAAACAAGCAGAGGUAUGACAUAUGAGGCACAAUUGAAUGUUCCUUUCGAGUCGGGACUAAUAUCAAGAUGUAUUACGAGACUGGCUAGUCUCGAAUUUCUCACAUUAUGAGUUAUAUCUUGGACAAAGUAGUUAUGUUAAAAUGAAUAUUAAUCACAUGAUUUGCGCUGAUUGAUAAGAUCGCCUCCCCUAAAUAUUAUGAAAGGCUGGUUAAUGCAGAGAGUUGGGUAUCUUAUUUAUCUCA